AUAAAAGGCUUUGCUGGCGUGGCUGGGGAGACACCACCCCACUUCCUUGCACCACACAGGAGGGACCUGACCAAGCAUCCUUGUCCUUCAUCCCCACCUGAGGACCCCCAACCCCACCACUCAUCCAUCCUCCAGUCUGUCCUGCCUCCAUGUCUCUGGGGGGCAGAUUCCUUCUCUCCCACCUUCUACCUGCAUCUGCUAGAAUGUUCCUUCUUCUGGCAGCACUCCACAUCUUGGCUGGAGCCUGGGCACAGAGCCCGGCAGAGGAUGACCACAGGAUCAUUGGCGGCUACACGUGCGUGCCGAACUCGCAGCCGUGGCAGGUGGCGCUGCUGGCCGGCCCAGGGAUGCGCUUCUUGUGUGGAGGGUCCCUGCUAUCCAACAAGUGGGUCAUCACCGCCUCCCACUGCUCCCGCCCGAUCCUUCACGUGGCCCUGGGAAAGCACAACUUGAGACGGUGGGAGGCCACCCAGCAGAUCCGGCGUGUGGUUCGCCAGGUGCCGCACCCCCAGUACAAUCCCCGCACCCACGACAAUGACCUCAUGCUGCUGGAGCUGGAAAGGGCGGUCCCGCUGGGGAGGGCCGUGCGGCCCAUUGCACUGGCCUCCACUUGUGCCAGCCCUGGAACACCGUGCCGGGUGUCGGGCUGGGGGACCACCUCCAGCCCCAUCGCCAAUUUCCCCCCCACCCUGCGCUGUGUGAACGUCAGCAUCUUUUCGGAGCAGGCCUGCCGCCAGGCCUAUUCUGGAGCCAUCACGUCCAACAUGGUGUGCGCUGGCGUCCCCCAGGGCGGGAAGGACUCUUGUCAGGGUGACUCUGGGGGGCCCCUGGUGUGCGAGGGGCAGCUCCACGGCCUCGUGUCCUGGGGGAUGGAGCGCUGUGCCAUGCGUGGGUACCCCGGAGUCUACACCAACCUGUGCAGGCACCUCGGCUGGAUCCAGAGCAUCAUUCAGCGCCCCUGAUCCCCCAAGCGACUGCUUGUCAGUGGUCCCUCUGUGUCCUCAGACCCAGGGGUCCAGGCCUAGCCUCCCCCCCUCAGACCAGGAACCCCCACUUCCACGAUCCUGACUUUCACUUCUGGCUGCUGUGCCCCACCCCAUCCCAGUCUGGGAAGCAAUGGCUUAGGUUUUCUCUCUGCACCUCAAAUAUCACUGUCAUGUUUCAAGACCCCCCCUUUGGGCUCUGAAGCAGCCACACAAAUGCUCCAAAGAAGACACUUUUCAAAAUCUUCCAUGUGUCUAAAAUUGAAAUAAAUGCUAAC